CCCGCGCCCCGCGGGCCUGCUCAACGGCACGUCAGCACGCCACACACGGCCACUCUUGGUGCCGAGGCAAAACGUCGAACACCAACCGGCGCCGCCGCCUCCAUGAGAAAGCACCACAAACUUCUCUUCCACCACCAUCUCCGUCGCCGAACCUCCAAGCCCUACACCUCGUCAGCUCACCUCGCGGCCCCCUUCUCCUUCCCCUCCGGCCCCGCCUGCUCCUCCUCCUCCUCCUCCGGCCUCCGCGAACUCGACCUCCUGCUCACGGGCGAGCUCGCCCCGACCCCGCGCGUAUACCACUCCAUCAUCACCGCGUGCGCACAGUCCAAGAACCUCGCCGGUGCCCGUGCCAUCCACUCACACCUGUCCCGCUCCCGCCUCGCAGGCGAUGGCUUCCUCCUCAACUCGCUCAUCCACAUGUACUGUAAGUGCGGCGCCGUGUCGGACGCGCGUCACGUGUUCGACGGAAUACCCACCCGGGACGUGGUCUCAUGGACCUACCUCAUCACCGGGUAUGCGCAGAACGACAUGCCGGCAGAGGCCCUCGGUCUUCUACCCGACAUGCUCAGGGCGCGGUUCAGGCCCAGCGGGUUCACGUUCACCAGCUUCCUCAAGGCGGCCGGCGCCUGCGGUGGCCGUGGCAUUGGGGAGCAGAUGCAUGCGCUUGCUGUGAAGUACAACUUGGAUGAGGAUGUCUAUGUGGGGAGUGCACUUCUGGACAUGUACGCACGGUGUCAACAAAUGGACAUGGCCAUUAGGGUGUUUGACUGGCUGGACUCGAAGAACGAGGUGUCUUGGAAUGCGCUGAUUGCUGGGUUUGCAAGGAAGGGCGAUGGAGAGACCACAUUGAUGAAGUUUGCAGAGAUGCAGAGGAAUGGAUUUGGGGCGACACACUUUACGUACUCAAGCGUGUUCUCUGCACUUGCUCGUAUAGGUGCUCUUGAGCAGGGCAGAUGGGUGCAUGCACAUAUGAUUAAGUCCGGGCAGAAGCUGACUGCCUUUGUCGCGAACACUAUACUUGGCAUGUAUGCAAAGUCCGGGAGCAUGGUUGAUGCUAGAAAGGUGUUUGAUCGUGUGGAUCAGAGGGAUCUAGUUACUUGGAACACAAUGCUCACUGCAUUCGCGCAGUAUGGUCUUGGAAAGGAAGCGGUUGCUCAUUUUGAGGAAAUUAGAAAAUAUGGCAUCCAGCUUAAUCAGAUCACCUUCCUUUCUGUCUUGACAGCUUGUAGUCAUGGAGGCCUGGUGAAGGAGGGCAAGCAGUACUUUGACAUGAUGAAGGACUACAACGUGGAGCCUGAGAUCGACCAUUAUGUUAGCUUUGUUGAUCUUCUUGGUCGAGCUGGUUUAUUGAAAGAAGCUCUGAUCUUUGUGUUUAAAAUGCCCAUGGAACCAACAGCUGCUGUUUGGGGAGCCUUGCUUGGGGCUUGCAGAAUGCAUAAGAAUGCUAAAAUAGGGCAAUAUGCAGCUGAUCAUGUCUUUGAACUUGAUCCAGAGGAUACUGGUCCACCUGUGCUGUUGUAUAACAUAUAUGCUUCUACAGGUCAAUGGGAUGAUGCUGCUAGAGUGAGGAAGAUGAUGAAGGCAACUGGUGUAAAGAAGGAGCCUGCAUGCAGUUGGGUUGAGAUUGAGAAUUCGGUGCACAUGUUUGUGGCAGAUGACAGUACCCAUCCGAAAUCAGAAGAGAUAUAUAGGAUGUGGGAGGAGGUAAACACGAGGAUUAAAAAAGCAGGAUAUGUCCCCAAUACAGAUUAUGUGCUUCUGCAUAUAAAGGAGCAAGAGAGGGAGACAAAAUUGCAGUACCAUAGCGAGAAGAUUGCACUUGCAUUUGCACUGAUCAACAUGCCUGCAGGGGCAACGAUUCGGAUCAUGAAGAACAUUAGGAUAUGUGGGGAUUGCCACUCUGCAUUCAGAUAUGUCUCUGAAGUAUUCAAAAGGGAGAUUGUUGUGAGAGACACUAACAGAUUCCACCAUUUCAGCAACGGCUCUUGUUCUUGUGGAGAUUAUUGGUGAUUGGUCAAUUCUAAGGAUCGCUGUGAUUGCCUGAUAAAGGGGUAACAAUGCUCGCAGACAAGUCCAGUGAUCCCCGGAGACGUCUCCGGUCAAAGAAGUGAGUGAUAUUCUGCUUCUGAGUCGAUCGGCCCAAGCUGAAGUCGAUGGGCAGUGCAAUCUGUGAAUAAGGCACGAGGGCCGGAUGACCCAAGGGCGGCAUUCAUCUGGAAAAACUCUGCCCCCCCCCCCCCCCCCCCCCCCAGAGUACAGCUCUUCCUGUGGUUGCUACUUCAAAAGAAAAUCCAGUGCAAAUCGACCCUUUUCAAAAGGCAUGUUGUAGACGACACUACUUGUGAGAUCUGCGGCGCUGCUGAUGAAACUCCGGAACACAUCAUUUGGGAGUGCAGCUUGGGGAGGACGGUUUGGCAAAGACUCAACAUCCAACCCGGGGACCCCUUGGACAUGGCGUCCCUGCACACCACAGCACCCCCAAGCCAUAUUCCUUCGGCUGAAUUCCCGGGGUUCAUUGCUCUAAUCUGUUGGGAGAUUUGGAAAGCCAGAAACGCAAAAGUGUUCAGAGGCGAAUCUCUCUCAGCUGAUCAGGUGCUUCUACUGUGCAAAAACGCUGCUGCCCAAUGGAAGCACAGACUCUCGAGGUCCAAGAAGCAGUUAGCUGACAAUUGGUGCUCCAUCUUCACGAUGGCUAGACAGGGUCAAGGUUAACUUGCCUGCCUUUCUUUCUUUUCUAUUUUGCUCCUAGAGCCCCAAGUCUCUGAUUUUGAGCUUGGCGCCUAUCUGUAAACUAACGAGCCGUUUUGGGCUGUUUAAUAAAAUCAGGUGGGGAUUCUCCCCCCCGUUGACCCUCAAAAAAAAAUUCUAAGGAUCGCCUACUCUUUAAUGCUUCCACAGAAGUCACGAUUGGCGAUGGCAAGAAGCCUAAGUUCUGGCAUAACAGCUGGCUACAGGGAUCAGCACCAAGGGCUGUUGCUCCACAAUUAUUCGGCCUCGUUAAAAGGAAAAACAAAACAGUGGAGCAGGAGCUUCGUAAUAACAAUUGGAUCAAGUCCUUCCAUGGGAAGAUCACAAUAGCCAUGGAUCUUGAAGAAUUUGUUUCCCUCUAGAUCCGCAUCCAUCAAAUUAACCUUCAACCAGGUGUCGCAGAUUGCAUUAUAUGGUGUUGGACUGUGGAUUGAAAGUACUCGGCGAAUUCGCUUAUGAUGCACAAUUCAAGGGGCACCUUCUUUGCAAUGCUCCCUUGCAAACUGGAUUACAUUUAUGCCUACAGUGCCCUUAUGCACAGUUGAUCUGGUCACAAAUUCUAGCCUGGGAACAGAUUAUUCUGCCUCCUACUUUGCACCAAAAGUAAUUCUGAAUUGAUUGCGAAUUGGUGGGAGAUGGCAGUGAACAGUCUGCUGAAAGAGCAGCAACAAUCCUUUAGCGGCAUCGCAAUUUACGUCAUGUGGGAUAUUUGGAAGGAAAGGAAUCACCGCAUCUUCCAGCAUGCUAGUUUACUGCGGUUGUUGCUGCAAUGGCAAAGGAAGAUAUUCUGCAAUGGAGGUGCGCCUUUCGAAACUGUUACGACUUGUGUUUGUGUGAGCUGUAUGUGACCUAGCUUUUUAACAUUGUAAUUUUCUUUUGUGUGGCAUGGAGCGGUGGAGGACCCUAUUCUUGCUGGCUGGGGGCUGGUGUUCCAUGCCACUCAGUGCGCUUGUAAAAAAGUGCUUUUCUACCUUAAUUGAUUAGGUAGAGCUCCUGCCAUUUUUUUCAAAAAAAAAAAAUACAUUGGUGAGUUCAGAAGGGCUUGUGCUAUUGUGGGCCAUGGUCCAUGGUUUCAUGCAGUGACAGCAAUCAGGACUGCAUGAUGAAGAUGUGCACUGCGUAAUGUAGUACCAUUUAUACUGUAUUGUUUCCUGAAAUAUUAUUUUUGAUUGAGGUUGCUGUGCUCUGCAGCCCUGAAGAUGAUUCCGCUUGUGAGAUGAUAUUUGUUCACGACAAUGACACAAUGAGUGUAGACAUAGGUUCAUGAUUCUUUACUGGCGGAUGAUUUUGCUGUAGAGUGUCACAUUUUGCAUUUCAGGUUAUACUAAGAAAUACGAAAGGCUGCAGCCUAUUUGGGCCAGGGCUGGCAAGCUGAGUUGUGAUGGAGCAGUUCUUGUAUCAGGAAAUCAGUGCUUCCACACUAGGGUUAAACGCUCCAAUCAAUGGCAACCCUUCCUGUUUUUUAACCUGCAUAUGGAGGAGACGAGUAUAUAUGUCAUUAUCGUGAA